AGAUGUGUUGCCUUUCUCCGAUGAUUUAUUCUUUUGGGUACUAUCUUGAAGGCAAGGAGAGCCCUGAGGGCGAUGAAAGGAUUAGUGAAGCUUCUGGCUUUGGUAAGGGGAAAAAUUGUAAGGAAGCUGGCGGCAGAGACUUUUCGAUGCAUGAACGCGUUGCUCAUAGUGCAGGCCAAAGCUUGCGCCUGCAGAGCACUUCACUCUAAGACGAGCAGCUCGAGCAAGAACUCUCACUCUAAUCCUUUCCAGGGCCCUGCAACUCCUGAGAAGUAUGAGGCUGCACUUCGUUCUAUUGCCUGGAAGAACUUGAGUAAAGCUUCCAAGCAGCCCAUUGAUAAUGAGAAACUAAGGUUCUAUUCAAAGAGGAAGAACUGCCUUUGUCACCUUCAAUAUUCUUGUUGUAGCGUUAAAUCUAAUUACAGUGCUAGAAGUUUAGCCACCGAGCCAAAGUCACUAUCAACUCCAAGUUCUUCGUCUGUCGAUCCGUACCAACUCUCUUCUGGAGAGAGCGCUCAGUACUACUCUGCAGCUUCACAACACGUGAACUCGAGGAAGGGACCCUUUACACCUGUUAAGACAGAGCGCUCGCGGAGUUUUUUCAAGGGUUAC